AUGUCCAAAGUCAAGGCUGCACCCCCACCAGGGUGCACAAUCAACAUCAAUGACCGUCAAGUACAAGAGGCAGCUAUCCGCAUCCAGGCAUCAUAUCGGGGCCAUCGAUCGAGGAAGGAGCUACGUGAGAAAGGGCCGCCGAAGUUUCUGCAGGAGCUAAAAGACGUGCUCCUGGUGGAAGGAAGUGCAGCAAAGUUGGAGUGCCGAGUCAGCGCUUUCCCUGACCCCUUCAUCAUCUGGUCAAAAGAUGGAAAAGAGCUUAAAGAUGGACCCAAGUAUCGCUAUGUGUUUGAGGACCCUGAUGUUGUGGCACUAGUGGUGCGUGAUGGGGAGUUCACGGAUCUGGGCCGAUACACCAUUACUAUUAAAAACCCCUUUGGUCAGACAUCCGGCUCUGCCUGUAUCAUAGUGGAGGUCCCAGCUAAGGUGACCAAAGGACCGGACAGCGUAAAAGGCAGGAGAGGGACGACGGUGGUGCUGAAGGCGGAGAUCAGUGGGGAACCGCCUCCUGAUGUUGGCUGGCUAAAGGAUGGAGAUGAUAUAGAGGAAGAUGACAGAGUAUUUUUUGACGUAGGUGACACCAACACCAUUCUCACUAUCAAAAGUGCGCGGCCAUCGGAUUCAGGAAAGUAUGAGGUGUUUGUGGAGAAUAACUUGGGAACGGAUCAGUCCUUCGCUCGAGUGGACAUCCUGUGA